UUUUUACUCGUCGUCUACCUUUGUAUCUCUUCAUAUGACCACUCGCAAGUACUUAUGCUACAAGGGUAUCGAUCAAUCUAUGAGCAUCAUGAUAACAUGCAUCAAUCAGUUGCGAAAUGAGUUUCAAUAGCAUCAAGAAGGCUCUGUAUCUUGCGCCGACUCGCAGUGCCAUUUGUGAUGUCAAGACGGAGUUCGCGCGGGCUCAACCAACUCGAAACGGUUCGCUUCUGAUAUCCGCCCGGUUAUAUAAAACCUCACCCUUCGUUCUGUCUCUCUGGUUAGUAACCACUCUUUUGCAAUCUUAGACUGUUUUAUAGUACACCAUGGCCGACAUCGAAUACCUGCAAAGUAUCAUUCGACCCCAUCCCGAUUUUCCAAAGAAGGGAAUCAGCUUUCUCGACAUUUUCCCCAUACUCCGUGAUCCGAUCGCAUUCGAGACACUCAUAACCCACUUUGUUCAUCACAUCACGUCGCAAACUAUACCAAAAUCACUACGCAAAAAGGUUGAUGUUGUAGUUGGCCUAGAUGCCCGAGGAUUCCUCCUCGGGCCUAUCAUUGCGCUGCGAUUGGGAGCAUCUUUCGUGCCUGUUCGCAAACGUGGCAAGCUCCCAGGCGAGUGCGUCUCAGCGAACUACGAGAAGGAAUAUGGUGCUGACACCUUCGAAAUGCAAUCAGACGCGAUCCUACCUGGGCAGUCCGUGAUUAUUGUAGAUGAUCUAAUUGCCACCGGGGGCUCAGCUAAGGCAGCUGGUGAGCUUGUCAAGAAGCUAGGCGGGGUGACAGUGGAAUAUCUCUUCAUCAUCGAGAUAAUGUUUCUUAAGGGAUACCAGUGUUUGGAUGCUCCUGCCUACUCCGUUAUUCAACACUUAGAUUGAGUUGCGGGGCACGUUCUCUUUAUUAAUAUUUUUAUGUCGGAGACAGAUACCCGUUUCUAUGAAUCUUAGUGCUGUGGAUUAGACUUGGGUCAAUUGUAUAUAUGCGUGCAUCUCUGUCACGGCAACAUAGGCAUGUUGCCCACGAAAUUGAGGCAACAGUGCAUCCAAUAGC